CGUGCCCCCUAGUGGGUGGGCGUGUCAAUCUGCGAAUUUUCUCUACUCCAUCCACUCCAUCCUACAUCCAGCAAGGGCCGCCAUGGCGAUGGGCAAGGGGUUCCGGGUGCUGGAGAAAAUCAGCCCUCCGAACCCUUACAGCGUGCUGGUCGAGCAGAGGGGCAAGGAGGACACCCUGCUGCUCGAGUCGCAGGCGGUCGCCGUCCUCUCUCAGCAAGAGACAGAAUCUGUGAAACGACAGUACACGAAAGUUUUGGACGCCUACGGAUGUUUAGGGGUGCUCCAAAUAAAUGCUGGCGACAGGCAAGUGUUGUUCCUGGUAAUGGUGACAGGAUGUGUGUCCAUCGGAAAAGUUGGCGACUCGGAGGUGUUCCGAGUGACAGCGACGACCUUUGUCAGCCUCAGUGGUCAGCAGCAGGACGAGGAGCGCAUCACAGAGGUGCGCAAAUUGCUCAACUCAGGCACCUUCUACUUCAGCUGGUCCUCGUCUGGGGAACCCAUCGAUCUGAGUCUCUGUGCCCAGAGGAAGAAAAACGCCAACCAAACUGACAACCGGUUCUUCUGGAAUCGCAUGCUGCAUGUGCACAUGAUGCGGUUUGGGGUCAACUGCAGUCAGUGGCUGUUGAAGGCCAUGUGCGGCAGCGUUGAGAUCAGGACUGUCUACGUGGGACACAGGAAGGCUUCUGUGGCAAUUAUUUCAAGGCUCAGCUGCGAAAGGGCAGGGACGAGAUUCAAUGUCCGAGGCAGCAACGAUGACGGAUAUGUUGCGAAUUUUGUUGAGACUGAGCAGGUCAUCUACCUAGACCAGGAGGUGACCUCUUUUGUCCAGACAAGAGGCUCUGUUCCCCUCUUUUGGGAGCAGCCAGGAGUGCAGGUCGGAUCUCACAAAGUGAAAAUGUCCCGGGGAUACGAAGUGUCGGGUCCAGCAUUUGAAAGACACAUGGACUGCAUGAAGGAGCGCUACGGACACCAAGUCAUAGUCAAUUUGCUUGGUUCCAGUUUGGUCGGCUCCAAGGAAGGCGAGGCCAUGCUCAGUCAACUCUUCCAAGCUCACCACAAAGCGAGCAGUUUGCACCGAGAAGUGCCCCACUUGAUCUUCGACUACCACCAGGAAUGCCGCGGAGGCAACACCAAAAAUCUGAACAAGAUGAUGAACAAGAUGCGCCGGCACUUUGAGGCUUUUGGCAUUUUUAGCUCGGUGGGAGAUGAAGUACAUUCUAUUCAGAGAGGCACCAUCAGGACCAAUUGCCUCGACUGUCUUGACAGAACAAACUGUGUCCAGACCUUUUUGGGUCUUGAGAAUUUAACAAGGCAGUUGACCUUUUUGAAUUUAAUGGAAAAGCAGCAGAUGGUUUCAAGAUUUGAGGAAGUUUUUCGUCAAAUGUGGAUUAACAACGGCAACGAAGUGAGCAAGAUUUAUGCUGGAACUGGAGCCAUUCAGGGAGGAUCAAAACUUAUGGAUGGGGCAAGAUCAGCGGCCAGAACAAUUCAGAACAACCUGCUGGACAACAGCAAGCAGGAGGCAAUAGACAUUCUGCUGGUCGGGUCCAAUUUGAACAGCGAGUUGGCAGACAGGGCACGAAUCCUUCUCCCUCAAGUCAUGCUCCACGCUCCCACUCCUGUUUUACGGGAGAUGUGCAAAAGGUAUUACGAGUACGCCAGUCCGACAAGUCUGAGGGUUUCUGUCGGGACAUACAAUGUGAAUGGAGGAAAACACUUUCGAAGUGUUGCCUAUAAGGAUGUCUCUCUUGCUGACUGGUUGUUAGAUGCUAUUAAAAUCAGCAGAUCCAAUUCCAUGGUUGACUUAUCACACCCAGAUGAACCUUCAGACAAGUCGUCUGACAUAUUUGCCAUUGGAUUUGAGGAAAUUGUUGAUCUGAAUGCCAGCAACAUCAUGGCAGCAAGUUCGGAAAAUGCCAAAUUAUGGGCAGUGGAGCUGCAGAAAGUUUUGUCCAGAGACAACAAAUUUGCGCUUGUCACCUAUGUCCAGCUAGUCGGCGUUUGCCUCUUCCUCUUCAUUAAGCCGGAACUUGCUCCGUACUUGAGAGACGUUGCUGUCGACUCUGUCAAAACUGGUCUCGGAGGAGCCACUGGUAACAAGGGUGGCGUUGCCAUCAGACUGGUCUUAUUCAACACUUCCAUGUGCUUUGUUUGCGCCCACUUUGCUGCAGGACAGUCGCAGGUCAACGAGCGAAAUGCCGACUACGCGGAAAUCACCAGAAAAAUUGCUUUUCCAAUGGGACGAAGCUUGAAUUCCCACGAUUAUGUUUUCUGGUGUGGAGAUUUCAACUACAGAAUAGACAUGGACAAGGACGAAAUUAAAGAACUGGUCAAGAAGGGAGAUCUCCAGCAAAUUUUGCUUAAUGAUCAAUUAAAGAAAUCUCAAGCAGAGGGCAACUGCUUCAAAAAUUACAUCGAAGGCGACGUUGACUUUCCCCCCACUUACAAAUAUGACCUCUUCUCUGACGACUUUGACACCAGUGAAAAAGCCAGAGCCCCUGCUUGGACGGACAGAGUACUGUGGAAGCGCAGAAAGCAAAUAGCUGAUGAUGCACUCAUCAAGGACUGGAAUCCAGGUGUCUUGGCCUAUUACGGCCGGGCCGAACUGAAACAGAGCGACCACAGACCUGUGAUUGCAAUUGUAGAUAUUGAAGUACUCAAGGUUGAUGAAAACAGAAGGCACCAGGUUUUGUUGGAUGUUCUGCAGCAGCAAGGACCUCCGGAUGCAACGGUUGUGGUCAGAGUUGAGGACGUGAAGGAUGAAAACGAAGCCGUGUCACUUUUCACCGACGAAUUCAUGAUGGAGCUGCUACAAGAGUUGUCACAGGUGGGCGAAGUCAUUCUGGUCAGGUUUGUUGAAGAAACCAUGUGGGUCACCUUCAGGGAGGGCGAGUGUGCCCUGGCUGCAGCCAACAAAGGCAGGCUUACUCUCUGCGGACACCGAGUGCAGCUGUGCCUCAAGACGCCCGACUGGUUGCAGCAAGCGCAGCUCGAAAUGGCCCUUUGCAGCAACAACACACAGCCACUCUGUGAUCUGCAGCCCAUUGCUGGACUCACUGAAAUCACAGACAUCCAACAAGAUUUGGAAGUUCCAGCGCUGGCCGGUUUAGUGGACUCGCCCACUGAAGUUGAUGAAGCAAAAUCUUUGGCUCCGAUUAGGCCUGGAGCGCCUCCCUCUCGACCACCACUUCCAAAGUCUCCACAGCCUUCGCCUCAAAUGACAAGGAAACCAAUGCCAAAAGCCGGAGUAAUCAGUGUCAAUUUCAAGCCACCAGUUCCACCUUCUCCAAGUCCUGCGGCUGCUGCCCCUGUGGAACCAGAACCACCGGUUGCACCUGAAACAGCCCAGGCUCCAGAACCAGAGGAGAUUCCUCCGCAGCCAGUCACCCCUCCCCAGCAGGCCCCUUUGCAGCCGGAAAGGAUUUACGAGGAAAUUCGGGAACCAGUGGAGGAAAAACCGCCUCUUGUUGCCAGCCGAGCGCCUCCACCGCCUCCGAGACUGGAUUCGGUGGAAGACGUGGGACCACCCCCAAGCAUGGCACCCCCUCUGUUGCCAGCAAGGCCGCCCCAGGCAGCCACGCCUCCCAGGGGUCCUCCAGGGCCACCUAUUCCGAGCAGGCCGCCUCCCAUUCCUGUCAGAGUGGGCAACGUUCAGUUCCCGACAGGGGCGCCGCCCCCCAUCCCGGCCAGGCAGCCCCCUCGGCCCAGCUGAAUGCCCACAUUCGGCUCAACUUUGGUCAAUUGAUUUUCCUUUUUUUAGGACGCACUAUUUUUGUGAAAGGCACUGUUUUUAGUAUUCGGUUGUUGUGCAAAACUGUGCAAGUAAAUUGAAAACAAAAAUGUUUCUUGCUAAUACUCAGCUUUGUUUCCGACUCUCUAAAAGCCAAAGUCAAACAAAAUUUAAUCCCGUGUAUACUCUAGUGUGUUCAGCCAGUAUUAGAGAGCAGACCCAGUAAGCAUUUUUUAUUUAAAAAUCCAGCGAUGGAGUUGAGUGAAUAUUAAUUUUUGCAGUUUUUAAUAGGACAAAAAAUUAGCUUUCUGUCGGGGUUGCACUCGGCACUUUUCUAAAAUUAUCUAGAAAUCUGUUCAUUUCUUGUUUGCCGAGUAUUUUUCUUUGAUAAAAAAUUACUAUUAUACUCAUAAAUAUUCCACUAAUAAAAUCUGCUAACUGGGGAAUUACAUGACGCAGGGUGUUAAUUAUUAUCUUUUCUCUUUGUUUUUGAUAAUAUCUUUUCUUCAUUCCUCAGUUGACUACUUUUCCUGUUGAUUUUUGCAUUCCUAUAGGCUCAUUGUGAUAUUUUUGCUUGUAGCGAAACGUCUAAUCGCUUUUUCAAUUAAUAGUUUUGGUGAUGCUGUUUGUGCUCUUGAAUGAGAAAUCGAUUACUGUUGCCUCUUUAUAAUGAGUAGGUUACUUUUGAGCGACCAAAGAUAAAAUACGCAUAAUAUAAAUGUAUUCGGAACACUUACUAUGAAAUAUCAUGUAAAAAAUUAAUUUGAUCGAUAAUCCAGCAUAUUUUAUGUAACUGAAUGUGGAUUAAAAAUAUCACACGAAAUUAAAAGAUCAGAGAGGCGUUGAAUUAAUUAUGUUUAAAAAAUAACAAUAGACUCACAAGAAAGAAUUGAUAGCAAUUUGUUAUAAUUGGUAGCAAUUGAUUGAAAGUCUGCUAGGCCGCGCAAGCCCUCGCUUCUAUUUAUUUUUGCGUUCUCAAAAAUGAAUACAUAACUGGUUUUGCUCAAUAUUUUCCAUUACAAAAAUUCCCUUUAUGAUUUAAUUUUGGUUCCAAAUUUGGAAAGUUUCCUAUUUUUACUUAAUUGAAUAUUUUUCGGUGGAUAUCUCAAUAAUAAAAAUUAGGCCUACAGACGCGUUAAUGCAAAAUACCAAAUUUACUUUAUUAUAUAUCGAUAUGAAGAUGAGAAUUGCGUAAUUUAUAUAUAGUUGUUGUUGAUGUUGAUGUGAACAGACACAGUUGUCGCAAGUGUACAAGUUAAUAAUUUAUUCUCCACGUGGUAACGAGAUUGUGGAAUUUAAUGAAAAUAAAGCAAGACA